AUGACAAACUAAAUUGAGUCAGUUUAAGAUUCACAUGUUGCUCCUAAUCUUCAUAAUUUUCAUCAUUCAGCAGAUUAAGAAUGGUAACAUUAGGAACCUUUAAUAGUUUUCUUUAUAUUUUUCGGUUUAUUUUUCGGAGGAAUUCUUCGUUAAGUAAACUAAGUUACAAAGAUACCUUAUACUCCAAUGUUAAUAAUUUUAGGAAUAAUUUUUGCAAUUUAUCGUGACGAUUUAGGUUUUAUUGGAGAUUCAAUAAAGAUUUGGAGUGGUAUAAAUCCUCAUAUGAUUCUAUUUAUAUUUAUUCCCGUUCUAAUAUUUGAAAGUGGAUUUAAUUGUGACUGGUAUGUAUUCAAACGCGCUUUAAUUAACAUUAUACUCUUGGCCGCACCUGGAGUAUUUAUAGGUUCAAUAUUUUUAGCUGUAUGCUUAAAAGUAUUUCUUUCGUAUGAUGAUAUAUCCUGGUAUGGAGCCUUAACUAUGGGAUCAAUAUUAUGUGCAACAGAUCCAGUAGCCGUAGUUGCUUUAUUAAAAGAAUUAGGAGCUUCUGUAUAACUCAAUACCUUAAUUGAAGGAGAAAGUUUACUAAAUGACGGAACCGCAAUGGUAUUUUAUUAAUUAUUUAUAAAUUUAGAAAAAGGAAAAAGUAGUUCACCAGUAGAUAUUUUUUUAGGAUUUUGCAGAACCUCAUUAGGAGGUCCUUUAUUGGGAAUUUUUAUGGGAAUAUUGGGGUCUUAUUGGAUUCGUAGAAUUAUAAGGGAUGACGUAUUGACAUCUACUGUAACUUUUAUUGUAUGCUAUAUAUGCUUUUAUCUUGCAGAAUUCUCCUUUUUGGCUGUUUCAGGAAUACUCUCUAUUGUUGUUUUAGGUCUUUUCAUGAGCGCAAAUGGAAAAACGAAAAUAUAUCCAGAAAGUGAACAUGCAGUUCACACAGUUUGGUCGUUCGCUCAAUAUGGCUGCGAGACUUUAAUAUUUUUAUUAACUGGAGUACUAAUUGGAGUCGAAAUUGUAGGACAAUCAACAAUUGUAAUGUCCGAUUGGUUCAAGAUGUUUAUUUUUUGGAUUUUUAUGAUAAUAGUAAGAUGGUUAAUGAUAAUAAUUUUAAUGCCAUUAUUAAGAAAAUCCGGUUAUCCAAUAACUCGAUCCGAAAUUUACGUAAUUGUCUGGGGUGGGCUAAGAGGUGCUUUAGGAUUAACACUAUCUCUAAUGGUAUUAGUUGACUAAGAAAUAGAAAGUAUUCGUUUGAAAUAAUUAACAGUUUUUUAUAUGGCAGGAGCAGCGACUUUGACUCUUUUAGUAAACGGAACUACUUGUGGUGCUUUAGUUAAUUAUUUAAGGAUUAUAGAGGUAACUGAUGUGAAAAAACGUUUGGUUUAAAAUUCAAUGAGAAAUAUGAUUAAUGUCUGUAAUGAUAAGCUAAAGAAAUUAAAAAGUGAUUAAUUUUUAUAACUCGCAGACUGGAAUAAAGUCGAAAAAAUAAGUGGAUUAGACGAAUUGAAAACUGAAAUGUAUAGAUCCCAAGAAGGAGUUAAUAUUAGUUAGAGAAAAUCUACUUAUGCCGCAAUUAAUAAAAAGGAAUUACUAAAUGAAAUCAGAUUUAGGUUAUUGAGAUCUAUGAAAGGCCUCUUUUGGGAAAACUAUGAAUCUGGUUAACUCUCAGCUAAUUCAGUUAAACUUCUUGACGAAGUAAUAAAUAUAGCUUUAGAUGAUACAUAAAAUCCUUUAAAAUUAUGGGAUUUAAUUUUUAUUAACUUUACUAAUUUAUCUUAUUUAUAAUUAAUGUUUACUAUUAAUAAUUGGAUUAUUAUAGGUAUAUUUAAAUAUUUUUUUUAAAUUAAAAACAAUUUUUAAGGUUCUAUGGCUAAAACAUAUAUUACUCAUCAUCUUUCAUUUGUAUAUGAAGUUGUUUCUUGCUUUAUAAUUUGCGCUCAUGAAAUUGAAGAAAUACAAAAUUAUUUACCUUUAUCUAAAAGUUACAUAGAAGAAGUAGGGGAAGAACUAUAAAACAGUGUUAAACUCGCCGAACAUUAUAUAGCUGAACUUUCUGACAAUUUCCCUCAAAUCAUAAAGUCAAUUCAUACAAAGAGAGCUGCAAACGGUUUAAUAGAGGCUUAAAAACAUUUCCUCCGUAACUAUAAGACUAAAGGUUAUAUAGAUGAUACCGAUUAUGUAUAAUUCCGUAAAAGAAUUGAUUCUAAAGCCGUAAAUUUAGAAAAUAUGUAAUUUGAUUGGGUACUUCCUACAUUUUAAUCAAUAUUAUUGCAAUUUCCAAUAUUUAGUUCUUUAACAGACGAUUAACUAAAGUUAUUAUAAUAGAAUUAAAAAGUACGUACAUUCGAAACAAACGAAGAAAUAUAUACAAAAGGAUAACCUUUCAGAAAUAUUUAUGUAAUAACAUAAGGAACAGUAGACGAUAAAAUAACAGAUUUAUUUUCUAUUACAUUGGGUAUAGGUGGAUUUCUUUCGUUUGCAAACUGUGUUUCUGAAACUGAUGAAGUAUCCUCUUCUACAGCUGUAGCAGUAACUUCAGUGAAAACUAACUGUAUUCCUUUCUCGAUUAUUAAAUAAAUCAUGAAGCAAAAUAGAGUAUUUGAGUAAAAAAUGUAUAUGAAAAGUAUGAUUUAUUUCGUUAGAAUUAAUCCUGAAAACGCUGGUCCUUUAAAAGUUCUUAAUGAAAAUAAUCUUAAUGAUUAUUGCGAACAUGCAGAGUUCUUCUCACUUGUAUAAACUCAAAAUAUAACUUUCGAACAUGGUGCUUAUCUUAUUGCAGGUUAAAUAAAAGAUUCUUCGAAUGGGAAUGUAUUUAAAUAAUUUUCCUAUAUUUAUCCUUCUAGUAAUAACCAUUUGGCUUUAGAAGAUGUAUACGUUAUUAAGUUUAUGGGAGAUAUAAGACAUAAAGUUACUGUUAUGGACUCUACUGCUGAAGAAAAAGGAUAUCUUAAGUAUUAAGCUGAAAAUCAAGAAAAACAAAAAUCUAAUGUAAUUGAAAUGUAAUAAAUGCAUUGAUUUUUCUUGUUUUUUAUAUAUUUAUUUGAAUUUUAUAUUUUUUAUUUUAUUUUAUCCAUUUGCUAAUAUUUAU